AUGGACUCGUUCCAGAAUCAUGGCCUGGACGAGUCGGCGUUUGGCGACAAAGGCUUGUCGGGGCUCAGGACGUUCGACGCAUUUCCCAAAACCAAACCUCGCUACACCUCCACCACCACCCGCGGCGGCCAAUGGACCAUCGCCGUCGUGAUCCUCUGCCUCUGCCUUACCUUCUCGGAACUCCGAACCUGGUGGUCGGGCACGGAAACGCACCACUUCAGCGUGGAACGUGGCGUGGGCCACGAACUGCAACUGAACCUCGACAUCGUGGUCGCCAUGGCCUGUCACGAUCUCCACGUCAACAUUCAGGACGCGGCGAUGGAUCGCAUCAUGGCCAGCGACCUCCUGACCAAGGAGGACACGAACUUUGAACUCUGGCUCGAUCCCAGGAAGCUUUUCCGGCUGCGGAAGAUGCAGGGCGGCAUGUACUCGGGUCUGCACGAGGGGGACAAGAAACGACAGAAAGCCGAGGAGGAAGACUCGCACGUCGGCCACGUCCUAGGGCACAUGCGCGAGAACAGGCAACGGAAAUUCCAGAAAUCUCCCAAACUCCCCCGCGGCACACCCGUCGACAGCUGUCGCAUCUACGGCUCCCUCGAAGGAAACAAAGUCCAGGGCGACUUCCACAUCACGGCCCGCGGCCACGGGUACAUGGAGUUCGGGAGGCAGACGCAUCUGGACCACAACCUGUUCAACUUCUCACAUCACAUCAACGAGCUCUCCUUCGGCCCGCACUACCCGAAUCUGCUCAACCCGCUGGACAAGACCAGCGACACUACGUCCGUGCAUUUCAUGCGCUAUCAGUAUUACCUUUCCAUCGUGCCCACGAUCUUCACCAAACGGCGCGUCGCGACCAAAAGCGGCAGUCUCGAUCCCGCGGCGGUGCCGCAGCCGCCCACGCUCGACAUGUCUCCCCACACGGUCCGCGACAAGGACGGCAUCGUCCGCCACGUGCCCCACCCCGACCAAGGCCGCGACGCCAAGUCCAUCUUCACGAACCAAUACGCCGCGCAGUCGCAGUCGCGUGAGGUCCCCUCGAACACCGUGCCGGGGAUAUUCUUCAAGUAUGACAUUGAGCCGAUCCUGCUGAUCGUGAGCGAGAGUCGAGCCAGUUUCCUGGGCCUGCUGGUACGGCUGGUCAAUGUCAUGAGCGGCGUGAUUGUCGGUGGGGGUUGGAUGUUCCAGCUCAGCGAGUGGGCCGCCGAAGUAUACGGACGGAGGAAGCUCCGGCGCAGCGCCACGGGUUUGGGCGUGCUUGACGUUGGCGAGAAGGGCGCCAAUGGCGGGGUGGUGAACGCGGGACUUGAGCAUUGA